AACCCACAGCAACUGCGCAAGCUGAUCCUGGAGAUGAUCCACCGCCUGCCGAGCAACGAGCAGCUCAAGGUGUACCUGCGGCCGAUCCUCUCCCUCAUGUUCCGAUUGUUGGAGAAAGACAACGAGGAGAAUGUGAUGGUGUGUCUCAGGAUCAUUAUAGAGCUGCACAAGACCUUCAGACCACAGUUCAGCCCUGAGAUCCAGCAGUUUCUUCAGUUUGUCAAGAACAUGUACAGAGACUUACCCAACCACAUGAACAAGAUCUUUGAGCCACGCAGUGUGAUACGAGUCAAUGACCUUUCUGAGGUGAAUGUAGAGGCUCUUCUGCAGGAGACCUUCAGUAUAACUCCCAUCUACACUGAGAAGAAGUUACAGGAUGGCACCUCAAUAAAUUACAAUGUGAUCCCUCAAGCUGUGCUGUCACUCAAGGUACUAACAGAACUGCCCAUCAUUGUGGUGCUAAUGUUCCAGCUGUACAAACAACAGGUGUAUCAAGACGUGGCAGACUUCAUCCCUCUCAUUAUGAACACCAUAGUGCUCCAGCCUCCACCAGCACAGGUAGAUCAUGAAUCUUUCAACAAGGAAGUGUUUGUGGACCUAAUUGCUGCCCAAAUUAAAACACUGUCAUUUCUGGCAUACAUACUGAAGAUAUAUCAAGAUGUUGUGACCCAACACUCUCCCAAGCUGGUAUCUGGGAUGCUCACCCUCCUGGCGCUGUGUCCCAACGAAGUCGCUCACUUAAGAAAAGAGUUACUCAUCGCCACCAAGCACAUUCUUGCUCUUGAACUGCGUAAUAGGUUUGUCCCACACAUUGACAAGUUGUUCGAUGAAAGUCUCUUGUUUGGCCGAGGUUGGACGGCCCACGAAACUCUACGGCCGUUGGCGUACUCCACCCUGGCCGACUUGGUUCAUCAUGUCCGUCAACAGUUGGACAUGGGAGCAUUGACUCGUGCGGUUCACCUCUUCUCUAAGAAUAUCCAUGACGAGACACUUCCCACCAGCAUACAGACGAUGUCCUGCAAGCUCCUCCUCAAUCUGGUCGAGUGCAUCAGAUCUCAGAGCGAGAACAACGAGCCCGGCGCCGGCAGGGACUUACUCAUUAGGAUGCUGCACGUGUUUGUCAACAAAUUUAAGACGAUAGCGCAGCUUCAGCUCCCGUACCUGAAGAACAGACAGCAACAGCAGCUUAAUAGCCUGUCGCUCCCAUCGUCGUUGCAGAAUCCUGGCGCGUGUUCCUCGGUCCCAGAGGACAGGAAGGAGGACGUCAGGACGAGCGUCGGCGAGAGCGACAACAGAGACAAGGAGACCCAGAGGAUCGGGUUCCCCCCAAAUGUGACGGUCAACUACAGCGUGUCCGACUGUAGAGCUCUGGUUAAGACUCUGGUGUGUGGCGUCAAGACCAUCACCUGGGGCUGCGCCUCCUGCAAGUCUGCCGUCGACCCUGCACUCACUAACAACAAGUCGUUCCACCCCAAAGAGACUCUGGUGUUCAUCAGGUUAGUCAAGUGGGCGAUGCAGGCGCUGGACAUCUACACACUCAACGCUCCAGGAAAUCAGCAGUCGACCGGUCAGAAAGGUCAGGUGCCUCAGACCGUGAGGUCAAAGGAGGAGAAGGAAGUUCUGGAGCAUUUUGCUGGUGUCUUUAUCAUGAUGAACCCCUCCACUUUUAGGGAGAUCUUCUCCACCACAAUAGACUACGUGGUGGAGCGCAUCUACCAUAACACGGCCCUGCAGAUAGUGGCCAAUUCCUUCCUGGCCAACUCCACCACCUCUCCAAUAUUUGCGACGAUACUCGUGGAAUACCUGCUGGGCCAUAUGGAGGAAAUGGGCACCUCAAUGGACAGGUCAAACUUGUACCUCAAGCUGUUCAAGUUAGUGUUUGGAUCCGUGUCUCUCUUUGCGGCCGAAAACGAACAGAUGCUGAAACCUCACCUCCACCAGAUAGUGAACAGGUCUAUGGAGUUGGCCAUGAGUGCCAAAGACCCAUACAACUACUUCCUGCUGCUGCGGGCUCUCUUCCGCUCCAUAGGCGGAGGAAGUCACGAUCUCCUCUACCAGGAGUUCCUUCCUCUGCUACCCACGUUGCUACAGGGCCUUAACAGCCUGCAGAGCGGCCUGCACAAGCAACACAUGAAGGACCUCUUCGUGGAGCUGUGCCUCACUGUGCCGGUCAGACUCUCCUCUCUGCUUCCGUAUUUACCGAUGCUCAUGGAUCCUCUGGUGUCUGCUCUUAAUGGGUCACAAACACUCAUUUCACAGGGAUUAAGAACUCUUGAACUCUGCGUGGAUAAUCUGCAGCCCGACUUUUUAUACGAACACAUACAGCCUGUGCGGGCAGAACUGAUGCAGGCUCUGUGGAAGACAUUGAGGAACCCCAAUGACACUAUCGCUCAAGUGGCAUUCAGAGUUCUUGGCAAAUUUGGCGGCGGUAACCGGAAGAUGAUGAUCGAGCCGCAGAAGCUGGAGUAUAACGAGCAGGAGACUCCCAGCACCUGCGUCACCGUCCAGUUCUCGGACCACAAGGCGCCGAUCACGUUACCCGUGGAGAAGAUCAUAGAGACGGCGUUCACCGCGCUUAAGACGUCAAACACGGAGCCGUGGUAUCGUAGACAGUGCUGGGAGGUGAUCCGGUGUUUCCUCGUCGGGUCGAUGCAGUUUGACGAAGACAAACACUUGGUUAAUAAACUGUUCACACAUCCUAGCUUUAGAGAAGGAGAGAUCUCAACCGUACACGGACCUUAUUACAAGUGCGUGGACGAUCAGGCCCGGCAAGUGCACCAGAUGGCCGUUACUGCCAUGUUUGUGGCCGCAGCGAUCAAAGACCUGCGACAGAGCGUCUUGCCGACUAUGGUGUCUCUGGUGAGGCAUUACACAAUGGUAGCCAUCGCCCAGCAGGCAGGACCCUUCAACAUGAUGGGUCGCUGGAGUAAGGUGCAGGGCAUGGACCCUCUAGUCCUCAUAGACGCCCUCGCCGUCAUCAUGGGUCACGAGGAGAAAGAACUGUGUAAACCCGGCCACCUAGCCCUCGUGCUCAUCAUGGAAGCGGCGACCAACAUCCUGGGCACGAAAGAGCGAGCUUGUCAGCUGCCUCUGAUGGAGUACCUGGUGGAGAAGAUGUGCGGCCUCUGCUACGAGCGGGCCUGGUACGCCAAGCUGGGAGGCUGUAUUGCAAUAAAGUUUCUCUUUGAACGCAUGGCGCUGAAGUGGGUGUUGGAGCACCAGUUCCCGUUCCUGAGAGCAUUGUUAUUUGUCAUGAUGGAUCUCACCGGUGAGGUGUCCAGUGGGGCCGUAGACAUGGCAAAGAACAACCUGGAGAGAAUGUUAAGAGUUUGUGGGGCUCCUCUGGAGGCUGACAACAACACAGAAGAGAUGAGACAGAUUCAGAACAAGUCCCUCCACGACGUGACCCACGAGCUGGUGCGGCAGGUCACCUCGCCCAACACCACGGUGAGAGACCAGGCGAUGCAGAGUCUCCAGGUUCUGGCAAAACUCGGUGGAAGAGGCGUAACGGAGGUGAUGCAGCCGCACAAGGACGUGCUGGCGGACAUGAUUCCCCCCAAGAAACAUCCGCUUCGCCAACAGCCGGCCAACGUCCAGAUCGGCCUGAUGGACGGCAACACUUUCUGCACAACCCUCGAGCCUCGGUUGUUUACUCUGGAUUUGAGUCUCAACGAACACAACUUUUUCAACGCCGAAUUACAUAUAUUAGUUGAAACUGAAGAUUCAUUCCUAGCUAAACUGUCGUGCUACAAGAACAUCGCUAAUUUGGUUCCACUCAGAAAAUCUGCUCUGAGAGCUCUUGCCGCCUGUCACUACAUCCCUCAGGUACGAGAGAAAAUUUUCCCCACACUUUACAAGGCUCUGAACAAUUCCUCCCAUCCUGAGCUCCAAGAGACGGCCUUUGAGUGUCUCAAGAAGUUUCAGAGCGGCUGCCAGAUAGACAUGGAGAUGGUGCACACAGCAAUGAGACCUUUACUGGGUCAGCUCUGCCACUACAGGAGCGUCACCCUUCCCGUGAUUCACCGCCUCUCCUACUUGACGCAGCUCUUCCCGUACACGUUCAAUGAGAAACUGUGCGACCAGCUGACGCAGCACAUGAAGAACCUCAUCGAGAUGGCCAUCGUGGCCAGGAAACAGAACACGGCAGCGGCGAACAAACAAGACAACAGCGACCUCAAACUCUGUGCUAAUAUUGUUGGAAUUUUCCAUCAAAUUCCAGCAGCCUCUGCGAGAUUUGUUGAGAUCUUAUGUAAGUUGGUGUUGCAGACCGAACGCGCUCUCUUGAUUGAGGCGGGAAGUCCUUUCCGAGAACCUCUGAUGAAAUUUCUUCUGCGAUACCCGGCAGAAACCGUGGAACUGUUUCUAUCCGAUCCCCACGCCCGCGACCAGCAGUGGGCACGUUAUUUGGAGUACCUGAUACGCCACAAGGACAACGCAGCCUUUAGAAAUCAUUUACAAACUUGCAGUGAGAAAAUAUUAACUGUGUUGAUGGCCAGCCCAAGAGCAGUCCAGAUUCCUGGGUUACAAUCACAGCAGCAGCAGCAGUCUGCCCCGACAGCUGCCGACAGGGCCCAGCUGCAGUACUUGGGGGUCCGAGUAAUUCUCCUGCUCUCCCGUUUUGAUGAGCACUGGCUCGCAUCCCAAACUAAACUGAUCGUCUCGUUGAAGAACAUUUGGAUAUCCGACGAAUUUCAGGACAGGCACCAUUGUGCAGAGAAUGUGGAUUUGAUGCACUGGAAGGAGCCGCGUAUGGUGGUGUCCAUCCUUCUGAUGUACUUCAAAAACCACACAGAUGACAUCAAACUCCUCUUCCAGCUGUUGAGAGCUUUCAUUGGACGCUUCAUCCCGGACUUCCAGUUCUUGAGAGAUUUCUUGGAACAGACCGUUGCUCAGACGUACUGCGUGGAGUGGAAGAGGUCGGCAUUCUUCGAGUUCGUGGAAGUCUUCGAGGAUAUAUCCGUGCCGCAGGAGCUGAAGGCACGGAUACUGCAGUACAUCAUCAUCCCGUGUCUGACCGUCAGUCUGGAGUGCGGGGACGGGGAGAAGCUGAUCGGGUAUCCUCCCGCCCCGGACCAGGACCAUCUGGAUAACGUGGUGUCCGUCUUCAUCACCAGAGUCAUCAAUCCGGACGAGCCUUUCGUGUACAGCGACGCGGCGAGGAUUCUUCUGCUGCAGCUGUCGUGUCUCCUGGUGGAACGGGCAUCCGCUCACAUCCACGACGCCGGCAACAAGAGACAGGGUCAGAAACUGCGUCGGCUGAUGACCUUUGCCUGGCCCUGUCUGCUCUCCAAGAACUGCGUAGACCCGGCCACCAAGUAUCACGGACACCUGCUUCUCUCUCACAUCAUAGCCAAGUUUGCCAUCCAUAAGCGCAUUGUCUUACAGGUGUUUCACAGCUUGUUGAAGGCACAUGCAAUGGAAGCAAGAUCUGUUGUUAGACAAGCCCUGGAGAUACUCACCCCGGCUAUGCCAGUACGAAUGGAAGAUGGUAACACAAUGUUGACUCACUGGACGCGUAAGAUCCUGGUGGAGGAAGGACACUCGGUGGGUCAGCUGGUGCACAUCCUGCAGCUGGUGGUGCGCCACGCCAACGUCUACUACCCCGUCCGCCACCACCUGACACACCACAUCACCCAAGCCAUGCACCGCCUUGGGUUCACCCCCACGGCCAAUUUGGAUCAGAGGAGACUUGCUGUGGACUUGGCCGAGGUUUGCAUUAAGUGGGAAGAACAGAGAGUAAAGGAGGAGACAGAGAGUGACGGUGGGUGUGAGGCGUUGGUCCAGCAGCUGCAGCAACAACCCGCCGCUAUAAAACGAUCCUCGUCGACGGACGGUCCAGAAGCUAAAAGAGCGAGGGUUUCUAUUGGCGGCAGUUCCAGGGGGAGCAUCGACGUCACUAAGCCCAUGGAGAAGAGUCACGCGGACGCCGUCGUGUAUUUCUUGCUGCGUCUGGCGUGUCAGGUCAACGAGAGCACGGCGACGCCCGGCACCGUGGCUCCCGGCGAAGCUCUGUCUCGCCGCUGUGUCUGUCUGCUCAAGAGAGCUCUGAAACCAGACAUGUGGCCUCAUGCAGACCCUAAGUUAGCUUGGUUGGAUAAAUUAUUCCUAAACUUAGAGUCUGCACAACCAAACCUGGCCAAUGUUUGCGUUGGAUUAGAAGUCUUCACCUACCUCAUCGGAACUCUGAGACGUGAACAGAUAUUGGGCGCCAUGCGCGGUCUGACCCGUGGCCUUGUGGCCUGCAUGACGUGCAGUAACUCGCGCGUCGUGCGUCUCACCCAUUCCUUAUUGGCCCGGCUCAUGUCGACCUUCCCUACGGAGCCGACCAGCGCCACGGUGGCUUCCAGGUACGAGGAACUGGAGGAACUGUAUUCUAGAAUAGCCAAGAUCGUGUUCGAGGGACUGACGUCGUACGAGAAGAAUGCCAGUGCAUCUCCAACGUCCCUGUUUGGCACUCUGAUGAUACUGAAGGCUGCUUGCCAAAACAAUUCUUGCUACAUUGAUAGACUCAUUAUGCCCUUUAUGAAGGUCCUCCAGCGCAUGGCCCGCGACCACCUCAGCCACACUACAACAGACAACAGCUCAGUGGGCAGUGAGCUGUUGAUUCUCUCCCUUGAACUUGUGAAGAACCGUGUGGGUGUGAUGGGAGUAGAGAUGAGGAAGGCCUUUAUUGGCACUAUCCUUGUUGGCCUCAUAGAGAAAACACCAGAUGUGAAGGUCAUGAAGGCCAUAACAAAGGUAAAUAAGAAUGGUGUUUUGUGUAGUAAACCUUUCUCACGUACAGUAUUAUCUUGUUAAGAGUAGACCUCACGUAUUGCAACAGUGAAUGAUGGAGAUAUACCUCUGCUGUCUAUCAUCAUACAGUAGUGGACAGCAGGUUGAGGAGACAAUAAGUCACAGAACUAUCAGCUGUAUUCAAGAUCGCUUUAUGUGGUCUCUCCUCGUGAGGAAUCCCUACCGUGAUCUUUGCCCAAGCCAUGUGCAUUGGUCGCUUUCUAGGUGGUACAAAUCGUGGUGUUUGCGUGGGAGUUGCUGCAGGUCUUUCAACCUAGGAAUAAAGGGAAUC